CGGGCUCUGGCAUCCAACCUGCUGCCGCCGCGGCCCAGCAGAGCGGAGAGCGCCGCGCGCAGAGCACACGCUCGCGCUCAGCUCCGCUCUCGGGGUGGUUCAUGAGCGCGCGCUUCGGCUGCAGCCUCCGCGAUCCCGCGCUGCCGCCGCCCGCCGUCGCCAGGGUCCCCCUGGGUGGGAAGGAAGGCAGGAAGGCCGGCGCGGCCGUGCGCUCCGUGAAGCCCGCCACCCCUGCCCGCAGCCCUCUGCCCGGACCGGCCUGGCACCAUGCUGCCCGCGCGCUGCGCCGGCCUGCUCACGCCCCACUUGCUGCUGGUGUUAGUGCAGCUGUCCCCGGCUCACGACCACCGCACCACCGGCCCCAGGUUUCUCAUAAGUGACCGUGACCCUCAGUGCAACCUCCACUGCUCCAGGACUCAACCCAAACCUGUCUGCGCCUCCGACGGCAGGUCCUACGAGUCCAUGUGUGAGUACCAGCGAGCUAAGUGCCGAGACCCAACCCUGGCUGUGGCGCAUCGAGGCAGAUGCAAAGACGCUGGCCAGAGCAAGUGUCGCCUGGAGCGGGCUCAGGCCCUGGAGCAAGCCAAGAAGCCCCAGGAGGCGGUGUUUGUCCCGGAGUGCACCGAGGAUGGCUCCUUUACCCAGGUGCAGUGCCAUACUUACACCGGGUACUGCUGGUGUGUCACCCCAGACGGGAAGCCCAUCAGUGGCUCUUCUGUGCAGAAUAAAACUCCUGUAUGUUCAGGUUCGGUCACCGAUAAGCCCGCGAGCCAGGGUAACUCAGGAAGGAAAGUCUCCUUUCGAUUCUUUUUAACCCUCAAUUCAGAUGACGGGUCUAAGCCGACACCCACGAUGGAGACCCAGCCGGUGUUCGAUGGAGACGAAAUCACAGCUCCCACUCUCUGGAUUAAGCACUUGGUAAUCAAGGACUCCAAACUGAACAACACCAACAUAAGAAAUUCAGAGAAAGUUCACUCGUGUGACCAGGAGAGACAGAGCGCCCUGGAAGAGGCCCGGCAGAACCCCCGCGAGGGCAUUGUGAUCCCCGAGUGUGCUCCUGGGGGGCUCUAUAAACCAGUGCAGUGCCACCAGUCCACUGGCUACUGCUGGUGUGUGCUGGUGGACACUGGGCGUCCGCUGCCGGGGACCUCCACACGCUAUGUGAUGCCCAGUUGUGAGAGUGAUGCCAGGGCUAAGAGUGCGGAGGUGGAGGACCCCUUCAAGGACAGGGAGCUGCCAGGCUGUCCAGAAGGGAAGAAACUGGAAUUUAUCACCAGCCUUCUGGACGCCCUCACCACGGACAUGGUGCAGGCCAUUAACUCAGCAGCGCCCACUGGAGGUGGGAGGUUCUCGGAGCCAGACCCCAGCCACACCCUGGAGGAGCGCGUGGUGCACUGGUAUUUCAGCCAGCUGGACAGCAACAGCAGCAGCGACAUCAACAAGCGCGAGAUGAAGCCCUUCAAGCGCUAUGUGAAGAAGAAAGCCAAGCCCAAGAAAUGUGCCCGGCGUUUCACUGACUACUGUGACCUGAACAAGGACAAGGUCAUCUCACUGCCCGAGCUGAAGGGCUGCCUGGGUGUUAGCAAAGAAGUAGGACGCCUCGUCUAAGGAGCAGAAAGCCAAAGGGCAGGUGGAGAGACCAGGGAGGCAGGAUGGAUCAUCAGACAGCUAACCUUCGACGUUGCCAUGGCCCAGCCACAUCCCAUGUAACAUAAGUGGUGCCCAUCGUGUUUGCACUUUUAAUAACUCUUAUUUGUGUGUUUUCUUUUUCGGCUUCAUUUUUAAACACUAGUAUCUAAUAUCGCAGUGGGAAAAGGAAAGGGAAGAAAGACUGUUUAUUCUCUUUUAUUGUUAAGUUUUUGAAUCUGCUACUGACAACUUUUAGGGUUUGGAGGGCGGGAGGCUUUCUGGGACUGAGAAGAAAGAGAUUUAUAUACUGUAUAUAAAUAUAUAUGUAAAUUGUAUAGUUCUUUUGUACAGGUGUUGGCAUUGCUAUCUGUUUAUUCCCCUCCCUCUCCCUGCUCUGAGCUGUGAGAGCUCCGGACACACAGCCCCACUCUCUAGAACCCAGGACUCCAUCCCUGGCCAGCCUGGAUUCCACUGUGAUCACAGUGCAGACUCCGUGGGUAUCUUUUCUGGUGGGAGGAAGGGGCCACCUUCUGCCGUGGCUGUCAGAGCGGCAAGUCACUUGGCGGUUGACCUUCUCAAGGGAGGGAGUGGACAUUGCAGGACAAUGGGAGUGGCCCCUGGAGGGAGGCCGGUAGCCCUCACGAGUCCCAUCCUCCAACGCCCAUGUGGUCAGGCCAUCCAGACCCCCAGGUGGCCCAGACUCAGUGGGUACACAGUGUCAUUGGCGCCCGCUGAACAAAUUGCCCUAAGGAUUUGCGUUAGGGUGCCUUGAAACAUUUCCAGCUACGUUUAGCAUCUACUCCACGUAAAGCAGGAGAGGGGAGGCAGAGAAGAAAGACACCCCGCGGGACCUUGUAUUUAGUAGUUAAAUGUAAUAUCUGAGCAGUGGAGAUAGAAGCACAGAAGGCUUGUCCUGGUGAGUCCAGUGCCCACCCAAGGCUUCUCACCUCUCACACACCCAUGAAUGAGGCUUCCUGAGACAACGCCCAAUGCCGAGGUCAGACUAGGCAGCUACUUCUGCAGUCCUCUUUCUCCCCUCCUGUUCUCCAGGUCAGCGUAAGCCUGCGGGAAGAGUUGCAUCCAUCACCUUGUUGGUCACUCAACCGUUUAUUUUUUUUUUGUUGUUAAACUCAGUACUGAGGUUCUUCCUGUUUUCCUAAACUCUCUUAUGGGCUUCCAGGCUUGAGGCCAGUUCCAGGGCCAAAUUCAUGUUGGGCCUGUUACUUCUGCAUCCCUUGGAAGUGAGGACAGAAUGGCCCAGCCAUGGGGAAAUCCAGGCCUAGCUUCCCACAGGCGUUUUACUGUGAUUCCAACGUGGACAGCCCAGCCUUCUGGUCAUACCCCAGCUUCCUCUUGCCCGGGGUGGCAGGGGUGGGGGCAUGCCCAUCUGACAGUCAUCCAACAAAGGGUGCCGGGUGACACGGAGCCCUCCUUUCCAUGAGCAGCCAGAGCAGCAGGGAGGGAGGGUGGGCAGUUUUCCAGGAUGGGCGCCUUUGUGGGUUACUUUUGGAAAUCUGGCCGCAUCUCUGCAUCUCUAAUCCCAUCCCAUCCUCUGACUGGAGAAGGUUCUUGCUGUCCUAAUGAAAGUCCCAGAGGUUGUGUCAGGGUGACUGGAGACCCCAUCCCAACAUGGUAGGAUGGAACAAGAGCCCUGGCCCAUCAGUCUGGACCAGAAAGCCCCGUGUGCUGGCUGGGUGGACUUUCUGGGAGACCUCAGCCUCCUUCCCUGCCCUGAAGGAAGCGCCUCCAUGAAGAAAGUUGGAAUCUCCCUGGGACAUCUUCUCUCUCACACACGUGUGGAGGCUGAGUUGUGUGGUUUUCCUUUGUGAGGAGGGAGGGAGACCGUUUGUAGCUUGUUUUAUAAAAAAUAAAAAAUGCAUAAACCUUG